UCUCUCUACAUCUCUCGCUUUCUCUCUCUACACACCUCUCUUUCUCUCUCCUCGACCCCUACCUUCUCUCUGCGUUCGCUCUCCUUGCGACUCCUCCUCGCCCAUUUCGAUUCGCGAAUGGCGCACAAGGUGUUUGCUCUAAUGCCCCAAUGAGCGUGUCAUUUGUUAAUCCCAAUGGCUUUUGAUUAGGUUUCUUUGUGGGGGGACAAAAUCUUUGGUUUUGGAGUUUUCUGCCGGAAAUUUCAUCUGGGUUGUUGUGAUUUUUCAUGAAUUGAAGGUGAUUUUUUUUUUUUGGGUUUUGUGUGAGUGAUUUGUCGAAGAAAAGGUCGGAUUUUUAUUGUGCGGGGAAAAGAUUGGAGAGAGAGAGAGAGAGAGAGAGAGAGAGAGAGAGAGAGAGAGAGGUGCAAAAGAGGGAUUUUUGGUAAGGCAAUUUGGGGGGAUUGUUUCUUUUCUUUUUUGUUUGGUGAACAAUUUUCUCAAAUAAAGGUGGGAUUUUUAUUGUGAGGGGAAAGGUUUGAAGGAGAGAGAGAGAGAGAGAGGAGGAAAGAGAGGGAUUUCUUUUAUUAGGGUAAUAAUUUCCAACCGGAUUGUGUGGUUUUUCAUGAAGGGGGUGAUGAAAUUUUCAUUUGGGUGAAUGAUUUUCCGAAGAAAGUUGUGAUUUUUAAUGUGUGAGGCAUAAAUAGGAUCAAAAUAGGGAUUUUUUUUUUUUAUAAGGCAUUUGUGGGGGAACUAUUACUUGGAAUAGUAACAGGAUGGGUAGGGUUAAAUUGAAGAUAAAGAAACUGGAGAAUAGCAGUGGUAGGCAGGUUACUUACUCGAAAAGAAGAGCUGGUAUAUUGAAGAAGGCCAAGGAAUUGUCGAUAUUGUGCGAUAUCGACCUUGUUCUUCUCAUGUUCUCGCCGACGGGCAAGCCUACGUUAUGCGUCGGCGACCGAAGCAAUAUCGAGGAAGUCAUAUCAAAGUAUGCUCAGUUAACUCCACAGGAAAGAGCUAAGAGGAAACUGGAGAGCCUCGAGGCAUUAAAGAAGACAUUCAAGAAACUGGACCAUGAUGUCAAUAUUCAAGAAUUCUUGGGUUGUAGCAGCCAAACAGUUGAGGAAUUGACCAGCCACUUACAGUCGCUUCAAGCUCAACUAUCUGAUGUAGAAAAGAGGUUGAGUUACUGGAGCGAUCCUGAGAAGGUCGAUAACAUAGACCACAUUAGAGCUAUGGAACAAUCUCUCAAUGAAUCCCUCGGUCGAAUUCGAGUCCAUAAGGAAAAUGUCGGAAAGCAAAUUAUGUCUCUACAAUGUACUGGCCAGUUCCAGAACGACAUGCACUUACCUAUGGGAUUUAGCGUCGAUCACGGCCCCUCACCUGUGUCGUGGAUCCAUAAUGGCGACGUUCAACAAAUGAUGCUCCCUGAAGAUCCUAGUCUGUUGUCUCAGAGAGAUAUCGGAUGCUCGACAGACACUUCGCUUCAAAGUUACCCCGGCUACUAUAUGACGGGUAAGCAAACGGAGAGCAACGAACAAAUACCGGCCGACAAUUCCCUGCACGACUUCAGCCAAAACGCGUGCUUGAGGCUAAAUCUGGGAGGCCACUUUCCAUACCAGUCCUACGACCCUAACUUAUUCACCGACAAGCCAUUCAAGCCCGACGAGGAGAAUAAUAAUCUAUGCAAUAGUGGUAUUGAUUGCCAAGUUAAUCACUAUGACCCCCCAAGGCCGGCUUACGAUGCAAGCUUCCAGAGUUGGGCCUCGACGUCUGGGACGUGCGACAUUGGCUUAUUCGACGAGCAGUCGUACACCCAACAACCAAACUAGACUCUCGCCGAUUUUAUGUCCAUCGAAAACUCGUAAGGAAUAGUUCGGCCAUGUUCGCCUUCGAAGUUUUUUUUUUUUUUUUUUUUUUUUUUUUUUUCCCUUCUAAAGAAGCUGACAUUCUCCAACAGAUGUUAACAUGGUUUCUUCUCCCAGUUAAUUCAUUGGAUUCCACAUGUGAAUCAUUCUCAUACUAUACUAAAUGUAUAUUCAGAUGAUGACUUGUAUAGUAAAAAAAGAAGAAGAAGAAGAAGAAGAAAAAUCUCCUUGUAGAGUGAAAAAUCCAUAGUGGUCAAUUAUCUAUACCAGUAUUGUAUGAUCACUUUGUAUUAUUCCUCUUGUAAAUUGUGUAUUCUCAUCAUAUUCCAAUUCCAAUUUGCUUGAGUUAUUAUA